GGCAGCAUCCCCGCCCUUCGCCCCCCGGAAACGGCGUUGUUUUCCCUUCGCUCGACCUCACUUCCUCCCGCGCUUCCGUCUCCGGGACGCGCCGGCUCCCGCUGCCGCCGCCGCAGCUGCUCGGAGGCCGGAGGCGCCCGCCGGGCGUGCCCACCCCCAGCAGAAUUCUUUGCUUAAGAGGAGGCAGAUUUUCACCUACUGAAUAAGAAUCUGGACUCGCAUUGAUGCUUCUCAGUGUUGUCUUGUGUGCUCUCCUGUGCCGGAGUGAAUUUUAUGCCCGGACUGCCUGGUACUUCAGCCUCUGUUUCCAAUCGGGAGGGAAGGUUGCUAGAAGAACUUAGCUCCUUUUUCUCUUGAAACAACUUUUAAAUACUGGGACAGAACAUCGCAGUCCUACCGGUUUGGAAGCAAAAUAUGGAAUGUGUUUCACUGCUGACCGAAGGCAGCCAAAUGAACAGUAUUUAUAGUAGUUCGAAAAUCAGCAGUUAGCAGUUUCUUCACAUUCUAACACUACCCAGCACUUUCCAGAGAGAACUCAUUGUUUACAAGAAAUCUGCUUUCCAAAUCCGUUGCGGUGCCCUCCAGCCUUGACUAUUAACUAUUUGCAAAGGGGAAGCUGAUCUACAGUUAGGGGAAAGAUGGCAAUGGAUGAGUACCUGUGGAUGGUCAUUGUGGGUUUUAUCAUUGCUUUUAUUUUAGCUUUUUCGGUUGGUGCAAAUGAUGUUGCAAAUUCUUUUGGAACGGCUGUGGGCUCUGGUGUUGUUACUUUACGCCAGGCUUGCAUUUUGGCUUCGGUUUUUGAAACCACUGGCUCAGUACUACUGGGAGCAAAAGUGGGAGAAACGAUUCGGAAAGGUAUCAUUGAUGUUAACCUGUACAACAACACCGUCCCGCUGCUGAUGGCAGGAGAAGUGAGUGCAAUGGUUGGUUCUGCUGUUUGGCAGCUAAUUGCAUCGUUCUUGAAACUCCCAAUAUCAGGGACCCAUUGCAUUGUAGGUGCUACGAUUGGAUUUUCUCUGGUGGCAAUUGGCACGCAGGGUGUCCAGUGGAUGCAGCUUGUCAAGAUUGUUGCCUCUUGGUUUAUUUCCCCGCUGUUAUCUGGCUUGAUGUCUGGAAUCCUCUUUGUGCUGAUCAGAUUCUUCAUUUUAAACAAGGAAGACCCUGUGCCCAACGGGCUCCAUGCGCUCCCGGUGUUUUAUGCUGCUACCAUAGCUAUUAACGUGUUUUCCAUCAUGUACACUGGGGCACCAGUGCUGGGACUGAUACUGCCAAUGUGGGCCAUUGCUCUAAUAUCGGUUGGUGUGUCCUUAGUAUUUGCUGUCUUAGUCUGGAUUUUUGUGUGUCCCUGGAUGAAGAGAAAAAUAGAAAGCCGGUUAAAGAAGGAUGCUGCACUGUCAAGGAUAUCAGAUGAAAGCCUUGAUAAAAUUCAGGAUGAAGAAACACCAGUCUUUAAAGAGCUUCCUGGUGCCAAAACAUCUGAUGAGAGCACGAUUCCCCUCACUGGCUCAGUAACAGAAGCUGCUGGGGCAUCAGAUAAUAUUGCAAAUGGAAACCAUCCACGUGUACCAUAUGGAAGGGCAUUUUCAGUGACGCACACCUCGGUGAAAUCACCUGUUUCCAACGGCACCUUCAGCUUCGAUGGCCACGUGAGGAGCGAUGGCCACGUUUAUCACACUGUGCACAAGGACUCAGGUUUAUACAAAGACUUGCUCCACAAAAUACACCUGGACAGGGCCAACGAUGAGAGGCCCACUGCAGAAAACAACUACAAACUCUUACGGCGCAACAACAGCUACACUUGUUACACUGCUGCUAUUUGUGGCAUGCCCGUGCACUCCUCCUUUAAGGCGGCCGAUACCUCUACUCCAGAAGACAGUGAGAAGUUGGUGGGAGACACUGUGUCCUACUCCAAGAAGCGGGUCCGCUACGACAGCUACUCCAGCUAUUGCAACGCGGUGGCUGAGGCAGAGAUUGAGGCAGAGGAAGGUGGGGUGGAAAUGAAGUUGGCCUCUGAAAUCGCAGAUCCUAACCGGCCCCCUGUUGAUCCUGUGGAAGAGGAUAAGGAAGAGAAAGACACCUCUCAGGUCCAUCUACUUUUCCACUUCCUCCAGAUCUUAACAGCCUGCUUUGGAUCCUUUGCCCAUGGAGGCAAUGAUGUCAGCAAUGCCAUCGGUCCCCUCGUCGCACUCUGGCUUAUCUACGAGCAAGGUGCCGUAAUGCAGGAAGCAUCGACUCCCGUCUGGCUGCUGUUCUAUGGAGGUGUUGGGAUCUGUGUGGGUCUCUGGGUCUGGGGAAGAAGAGUAAUCCAGACUAUGGGUAAAGACCUCACUCCAAUCACGCCAUCAAGUGGAUUCACUAUUGAGUUGGCUUCGGCGUUCACAGUUGUGGUAGCUUCCAAUGUUGGACUUCCUGUCAGUACUACACACUGCAAGGUUGGCUCCGUGGUGGCCGUCGGCUGGAUCCGCUCCAAGAAAGCCGUCGACUGGCGCCUUUUCCGCAACAUCUUCCUGGCGUGGUUUGUGACUGUGCCGGUGGCCGGCUUGUUCAGCGCCGGCGUGAUGGCGCUGCUGAUGUACGGGAUCCUGCCUUACAUUUGAGGAGCUUCCUCUGCCGGGAAAUGGGGAAACGGCCAAGCUACUACCGAUGGGAGAAGCGUUCCCGUGAAAGAAGCGGCCAGAGAGGAGCCAUCUUCCACACCUAAUUCUUAUCUACUGUACAUAACAAUGUGUCAUAUUGGUGACAUGGUGAUGUGGUGCCAUUUCUUAUAUAUUAAAGAAAUAUAUAUGCAUAUAGUAGGUAACAAUACCUAAGUUAUAUCAUCAGUGAGGUGAAAAUAAUUGCCUAGAACUUAAUAUUUAGUAAAAUUUGUACAUAGUGUA